AGUUCCCCACAGAGCUCCAACACGUUCAGGUGCUUUCCAUUUAUACUAUUGCAGUGCCAUCGGCCAAGAGAAAGUCCUCUAUUACCAUUCAAUGGAAGAAAACUCUGAGAGUGCGGUGGUUGCAUGUCGUUAACAACUCACCUGGAAAAUUAGAUUAAAUUUUAUUUGUCAGUUACAAAUGCAAUCAAAUUGCUAAAUUGGACACAUACUUCUUACAUCAAUUUUACCCCAUUCAAAAAUUAGGCCAAUUUGCCACUCUUUCUGACGCUCAUGCCAAUGUGAUGCCUUCUCCACAUAAGUGUGGGAAAUUCCGGUGAAAAAAAAAACUUCCUCUUCUCCUCCAAAAAAUUGUGAUAAAGUGCCAUUUAAGAAACAUAAAAAAGUGAAUUUGAAUAGAAUUUAAAGAAAGAAAAUGCCAACUGUGUCUUCACGAAUGUCUGAGGAUGUUCUUCUAGACGAUCCCAUUGUGACACCAACCACCCUUCCUGUGUCCUUUGGCACCAAACCCAACGCAAUUGUCCGUCCUGUUCAGCGUACCCAGCAGGAGCCAAUCAUAAGUGAAAAGAUCCUCCCCUCUGAAGGGAAUCAGCUCACAGACUCCACUGAAGGUCGUGGAGCCCUCAAGGAGUUUGUGGAGCAACUUGACGCAAAACUGAAGCACCUUCAAAAUCAGGAUUCAAAAGAUUCGCAGAAUAGAAAAAAAUUCCCCAUCAAGAUUGCUGGAGAAAUUGUCAAGAGACCUCUUUUCAUCACAACUGUUCCUACAGGGUACUACGUACAGCCAUGUAAGGAGCCACCGUGCAUCCGUAAGGUUUACUCCUACUACAGCCAACCGCGUGUAGUAGCCAGUCCCGAUAAAUCUCGCAACAAAGCUCAAAAGAAUUCACGUCCAGCUCUCGAUCUCAAACGGCAUGUAAUUGCAGAGCCUGUCGCCCGCAAAGAAGUCCUCAGAGAUUCAAAUCAGCCGUACCAGAAUAUGAUGUUCGACAAGAGAGUUAUUCGUGGAAGUAAUUUUAAUGCGAAUGCAGCUACAAUUUCGGGGGAAUUGGAUCACAAGGACACGGCCAAGAGGAGGCAAUUGCUACGGAAGAAGCCACGAAAUCGUAUUGUCGGCACCCCACCACCUGUCCGGGGGAGACGCCAUGAAAAUGUUCAGACGGAAAAGUACCUCGAGGAGCUCUUUGUGCGUCCCAGUGAGAAUGAUGUUAGCUGUCAGACGGAUCUCUUCCUGCAGAGACCCCCUUCCGCUCCCUUUGUAGCCACCAUGGCGGGACGGGAUGCCGAAACGGAGAUUCAGGAGGGUGAUCUCACGCAUUCCGAUGAAGAUGUUCAACCCGUUGUUGAUGGUCUUGUAGGCAGAUGCAUGGAACAGGCCUUCCUGGAGGUUCUACACGAAGAAGAGGUGGCUGAAAUGAAAAAGGAGCAGCAGAAACUCCUAGCACUUCGCGAAGCUGAAUUGGAGAAACUAAAACGAAUGGAGAAUAGCAAGGAAUCCCCGGGAAAAGUCAAGAAUCGCCGCAUCACUGCCGCAAAACUGCUUCAGGAUCACAUUGCUGAUCUACUCCCUGCCAUUCUGAGCUCCAUUCAGUCCGUCACUGAAGCUGAGAAUCGCGAAGAGCUUGAACGACAGUUACGCCCGUGGCUAGCUCAUGAGGUUGCCGAAGAGAUUGGCCAUAUGAUUGAUUCCAAGGAACUCCUCGGAGAGAUUGUUAAGGAAAUCUUGCGUGAACGUGCCGAAUUCUACGGAACAAUUUCUGAAUCUGAAAGUGAAGUCUCCCUGGCGCCUGAUCGGAAAAAGAAUGAAAUCAAAAGUGAAGAUAUCAACGAUAACACCGAGUCCGUCUUCAUUGAGGGCGAUGAGAUCCUCUACAGACGUGGGGAAAAGUAAAGAAGAAAACGAUCAUUUUUUUUGUGGAUAAAAUGUGUAUAGAUUUCUCUCCUCACAGUUACACCAUUUCAACAAAAUAAAAUAUUUCUUUAUAUUUAGAAACAA